AAACAACGUUUAUUAUGCCUAAACACAAAUCUGGCUCGAAAACAGACGUCAGUAACUACAGGCCAAUUAAUAUCACACCUAUAGCUUCUAGAAUUAUGGAGAGACUAGUUGAAGAAAACCUAAUGAAGCAUAUGCUUAGUUGCAAUAUUAUAAGCCCGAACCAACAUGGAUUCCUAAAAUCCAGAUCUUGUUUAACAUGCCACUUAGACUUCUUUAACUUUGUGACCAGCAGUCGUGACAGACGACAACUAGUACUUGUCAUCUACUUUGACAUCUCAAAGGCAUUUGACCGUGUCGACCACUUACUACUAGUGCACAAGCUGAAAUCCUUAGGAAUAAGUGACCCGCUAUUAGGAUGGCUUAAAUCAUUCCUUAACAAUAGGUCCCAAAUAGUUAAACUCGGAUCUAUAACUUCGAAACCUAGCCAAAUCACCUCUGGUGUAGUACAAGGUAGUGUCAUUGGACCCCUUCUAUUUACCCUAUAUAUUAACGACAUAUGCGCUUGCUUUACUCAUGGUAAACCAUUCAUCUUUGCAGAUGACCUAAAAGUAGCUUAUACAUUCCAACCUGAUGACCUAGGGUACUUCCAGAAUGUUGUACAAAAAGAACUAGAUAAAGUGACUGCUUGGUCGUCUUUAUGGAACCUCCAAUUUAACCUUAAAAAAUGUGGCUGGAUCUGCUUCGGUGCACCCUCAAUCGACAUAAAGUUAACGCUUCAAUCGGCUAACCUAACCAAACUCCAAAGUGUCGUUGACCUAGGUCUGAGGUACUCGAGUAACCUAACAUUCUCUGAGCAAGUGGCAUCACAGACUCAAAAGUCGAGAAUGCUCUUAGGAUGCAUACUCAGGAACUUUCACGACAAUGAAGCAAAGCUCAUUCUGUACAAAACCUGUGUGAGGCCACUACUAGAAUACUGUCCAUUUAUUAUUAGCAGCACUCACACACGUGAAAAGCUAAGAAUUGAAAGUAUCCAACGAUAUUUUACCUCGAAACUACUAGGCUACGAAUGUAAGAAAGACUACAUCUCACGGUGCAUGAUUCUACAACUUGACCCACUCUGGACAAGACGACUAAUUAUAAACCUAGUAUUCUUCUAUAAGGUCCUACACAAAAUAUCAUUCUCAGACAUUAAGGACAUACAAUUCGCGCAAGAAGGCUCUUACGAUCUGCGUAACCAAAAUUGCACAGUGACAAUGAAAGCCUUUAAGUCAACACUCCGCGAAAACUUCUUCACAGUCAUGUAUUCUAAAAUAUGGAACAAUCUGCCCCUAGAUAUCAGGAACUGCAAUACAGUUUUAAGUUUCAAACGCUCUCUGUACACACUAUUUCACUCUACCGACUAUAUAAAUAAACUAUUUAUUCCUAGAACGAAUCAACUAUUAGUCUACUACAGUACCUAAACGCGCUUAAAUACCCUUACUUCCCUAAAGACUAUAAAUAAACUAGUAGCAUAAAUGCAUAAAAAGACUAUUUCACUCUACCGACUAUAUAAAUAAACUAUUUAUCCCUAGAACGAAUCAACUAUUAGUCUACUACAGUACCUAAACGCGCUUCAAUACCCUUACUUCCCUAAUGACUAUAAAUAAACUAGUAGCAUAAAUGCAUAAAAAGACAUAGUAGAAACAAAUUUUUGUUCAUCAAAUUACAAUGUACAACGAAUAUAAUCAAAACUUUUAAACUCCACCUGGUUUUUCUUUGUCCUCUGGUACAUUUCUGUUGUAUUUACUUUGUAGUACAAGUUGCAUUGAUCUACAUUCCGACUGAAGCUGAGAAACAAUUGAAGUCACUUACUCAUAUAUCAUCCCCCAAGGUUUGGCUAGUAAUGGCUCAGCAUCCUUGAUGAAAUCCACUGUCACCAUAACAAGACGCUGUACAGCAUCUUAUACAAGCACUGUCAACGAUCUAAAAUGGUUUUUAUAUAGCUUUCUACGCGUUUAUCAACUUACCCGUACGGAGCAACCAUGCUGUGACAAAUGGCGGGCUAUGGGUGACUUGAGUGCAGUAAAACAAAUCUGCUUGACAAUGACCAAUAUUAAUCUGCAUUCAGUUGAAUUCACAUCUGGUAUUACUUGCAAUAAAAAUGAUGUCAAAAUCAUAAAAAUUAAUCACUCAUUUUAAAUUAAUACCCAAUUUGAACAUAAAACAAGAUACGAUGCCGCACACAACAAAGUUAUAUGGAGGAAUUGACUUCAAGCUUUAUUUUUUCCCAAAUAUUUGUAAUUUAUCCGACACAUACUUGGGUUUUUUUGUUAAUGCGAAGACAAUAUUUCUAUAUUUCUUUAUGUGCUCCAUUGAACGACUAACUAUCAGAAUGUGCUCACUAACUGAUGUCAGAGAGGACAGCAACCAUGUAAUUUCACUAUAAAUCAAAUUCAUGUAAUUUAAAUAAUACUUAUCCAUGCCUGUACAACUGGUGUGUCCUACAUUGAUAGGAAAUAUAUAUUAUUAUUAGUUGGUAAUAAACAAAAAAAUUUCCUCAGAUAUGUUUCAACUUUGCAUUUAGACUGUCGGAUAAAAUAAACUAAUUUAUGAGAU